GUCCAGAUCACUAAUACAACAAGUCCUCAUCAGCCAAAAAUGACCCCACUCCCAGAAACCCACCGUGCCCUAGUCCUCACCUCAACAAGCCAACCUCCAGAGGUAAAGAUAAUACCCACACCGCAACCCACACCCGGAAGCGCCGUAGUCCGCAUCGAAGCAGCAAACAUAAUCUCCUAUUCAAAACACAUCUACAACGGCACGCGACCGUACCCAUUUUCGCUCCCGCUCGUCAUCGGGACCUCAGCAAUCGGCCGAAUUGCAGCUCUUGGCCCCGACUCUGUCUCGCUCAAAGAAGGACAGUUGGUAUUCAUAGAUUCAUUCGUGCGAGCAAGAGAUGAUGAGGAUGCGGCGUUCUUGUUUGGUGUACAUGAGGGCCACACGGAAGCGGCGCGGAGGUUGAUGAGGGGUGAGUGGAGGGAUUGUACGUAUGCGGAAUACGCGAAGGUGCCGCUGGAGAAUUGCUAUGUGCUUGAUGUGGAGAAGUUGGGGGUUGGUGUUGAGGAGUUGCAGGAUAUUUCUAGGCUUCUCGUCCCAUACGGAGGACUUCGAGAUAUCGAUCUCAAAACCGGAGAGAGCAUAAUUAUCGCUCCUGCAACGGGUACAUUCGGCUCCGCAGCAACCAAACUUGCGCUUGCAAUGGGAGCUCGAGUCAUAGGCGUAGGUCGAAACCUUGAAGCGCUGAAAGAGCUCCAAACAAGCUACGCCAACGAUCGGUUCGAGAUCGCUCAAAUUACAGGUGACGUACCAACUGAUCUCAAAACUCUGCAAACGUUCGGAACAAUCGAUGCGUAUCUCGACAUUUCCCCACCUGAAGCGGCGAACUCUACUCAUUUCAAGACAUGCAUGCUUGCUCUCAGAAAGGGCGGGAGAGUGAGUCUGAUGGGUGGGUUAAAGGGGGAGUUGACAAUUCCUGUGAAGGUGGUCGUUAGUAAGGAUUUGAGGAUUAGAGGGAAGUGGAUGUAUGAGAGGCAGGAUGUUAGGGAUUUGAUUAAGAUGAUUGAGGUUGGAGUUUUGAAGUUGGGUGGGCAAACUGUUGAGAAGUUUGGGUUGGAUGAGUGGGAGGCGGGGUUUGAUAAGGCGGUUGAGUUUGGGGGGAGUGGAGGGAAGGGAUCUGCGAUCAUUGUGCCUUGA